ACCUGACGGCCGCUCCGGGCAGAGCCGAGGUGGCGGCGGCGCGCGCAGUGGAAGCGCCAUGGCCACCGGCGGGGCCUCGAGCUCCCCGCCCCGGCAGAACGGCACCGGUUUGGUGCUGGAGGACGAGGAGGAGGAUGAGGACCCAGCCCUGGGCUGUGACGGGGACCUGGAGGUGAAUCCGUACGAUGGCCUGCCCUUCUCCUCGCGCUACUAUGAGCUGCUGCGGCAGCGCCGGGAGCUGCCUGUCUGGACCACCAAGUACAGCUUCAUGGAGCACCUGGAGAGCAGCAGCGGCAUCGUGUUGGUGUCCGGGCCCCCCGGCACAGGCAAGAGCACGCAGGUCCCACAGUGGUGCGCCGAGUACGCCCUGUCCCUGCAGUUUGCACAUGGCCUGGUGGCCUGCACCCAGCCCCACAGCCUGGCCGCCCUCAGCCUGUCUCUGCGUGUGGCCGAUGAGAUGGACCUGAACCUGGGCCACGAGGUUGGCUACUGCGUCCCCCACGAGGACUGCUGCACCACGGAGACCAUCCUGAGGUACUGCUCGGACGAGAUGCUGCUGCGGGAGAUGACGUCGGACCCCCUGCUGCGGCAGUACGGGGUGGUGGUGCUGGACGAGGCGCAGGAGCGCACGGUGCCCACGGAUGUGCUGCUGGGGCUGCUGAAGGACGUCCUGCACCAGCGCCCGGAGCUGAAGGUGGUGGUGGUGACCUCACCGGCCAUGGAGGAGCGGCUGCGCGCCUUCUGCGGGGAUCCCCCCGUGGUUCGGGUGCCCGGACCAGGGCUGCCCCCACAGCUGCUCUACAGGGACAUCCCAGCCCACGGCCGCGUCGCAGCAGCCUGCCAGGCUGUGCUGGACAUCCACCGGCGGCAGGAGCCCGGCCAUGUCCUCCUCUUCCUGGCCAGUGAGCAGGAGAUCACUGAGUGCUGCAGGGCCAUCCAGACCGAAGCUCUGGCGCUGAACCCGGGGCUGGGCCCGCUGCUGGUGCUGCCCCUGCACCCCGGUGUGGGCCGUGCAGCACAGAAGGUGUACGAGGCACCAGAGGAAGGCAGCCGGGAGCGGCGGGUGGUCGUCACCCACUGGCUUGGGGACUCGUCCUUCUCUCUGGGAUCUGUGGGCUUCGUCAUCGACACGGGGCUGGAGCUGCGCAGUGUCUACAACCCCCGGAUCCGUGCAGAGUCCCAGGUGCUGCGGCCCAUCAGCAGGAGCCAGGCGGAGUCACGCAUGCAGCGAGCUGCUGGUAGCCCCCAAGGCACCUGCCUGCGCCUGUACUCGGAGGCCUUCUAUGAGCAGCGCCUGCCUCCCAGCCCCGCGCCCCACGUCAGCGAGACCAGCCUCAGCCGCCUCGUGCUGCUGCUGAAGCGCCUGGACAUCGCCGACAUGGGCCAGUGCGACUUCCUCGACAGGCCAGCCCCCGAGUCGCUGAUGCAGGCGCUGGAGGACCUGGACUACCUGGCUGCCCUGGAUGACGACGGGAACCUCUCGGAGGUGGGGAUCAUCAUGUCGGAGUUCCCCCUGGACCCCCAGCUGGCCAAAGCGCUCAUCGCCUCCUGUGAGUUCGACUGUGUGGAGGAGAUGGUCAGCCUGGCUGCCAUGCUCACAGCUCCCCCCUGCUUUGUGACUCCUUCCACACGCCUUGAGGAGGCUGUGACCGCACGCCGGCGGGCUCUGCUCCACCCAGAUGGAGACCACUUCACCCUCAUCAACAUCUUCAAUGCCUUCCAGCAGCGUGACCCUCUCUCCCCGCAGACAACAUGGAUGAGAGCUUGGUGCCGCAAGCACGCGCUGAGCAGCGAGGCGCUGCGCCUGGCAGGCAUCGUGCGGGCAGAGCUGCUGGAGGUGAUGCAGCGCAUUGAGCUCCCCGUCUCACCGCCUGCCUUCGGCACCGACACCAACGUGCUCAACAUCCAGAGAGCGCUCAUCUCAGGCUACUUCCUCAAGGUAGCCCGGGACAUCGACGGCUCCGGCAACUACGUGAUGCUGACGCACAAGCACGUGGCCCACCUGCCCUCCGCCUGCUGCUACUUGCUGCGACAGCCCCCCCAGCGCCUGCCCCCCUGGGUCCUCUACCACGAGUUCACCAUCUCGCAGGACAACUGCCUCCGUGUGGUGUCGGAGAUCCAGCCCCAAAUGCUGGUGGAGCUGGCACCCCAGUACUACCUGAGCAACCUGCCGCCCAGUGAGAGCCGCGAUCUGCUCAUGGAGCUGCGGGAGAAGGUGGUGGCAGCAGAGGACGUCCCUGAGGUGGCCGAGCCGCUGGAGGAGGCAGCCGGCGGGGAGGAUGAGAACCGGGACGUCUGCGUGCUGCAGUGAGCGGGAGCCACCGGAGCCCCCCCACCACGGGGCUGCCCGGGUUUGGCCGGGACGGUGGAGUGCCCCCGCGGACCCCGUGCUGCUGUGAGGGCUGUCCCCUGCCCAGGGGUUGCCCUGCCAGCUGCUGCAGGACCAGCCCCUGGUGCUUUCCCUGGGGACGAAGCCAUGCGCUUCUCCCUGAGAGGGGGGUGAGGUGCUGGAAUAGGCUGCCCAGAGCGGUUGUGGAUGUCCCCAUCCCAGGGGAGGGGGGUUCAAGGCCAGGCUGGAUGGGGCUGUGGGCCGCAGGGCUGAGGUCGCAGGCCCUGCCUGUCUCGGUCCCCAGGCAUGGGGCAGCUCCUCAGGAGCGAUGGGGCCGCUUGUGAAUUUUUCCUGUAUAAAGUUUUGUGACCUUUA